AUGCCGGCUCCUGUCCAAAUGCUCGAGCCCGUCGUGCGCCGCCUCGAGCACGACGAGGAUUACGUGGUGAACGCCUUCGAGCGCCAUGCCGCCCACUGCCCUCGCUGCGAAGAUCCCAUCAAGACCUUUGAUGAGGACAAUACCCUCUGCGAUCGUGGAAACCAAUAUGCCAUCGACGUCGACAAGUACAUCUACGCCAUCAACGACAUGGCACACUCCGUCGUCGACCGCGAACUAAACCAGGCCACUCUGGUCCAAAUCCCCAUGAACUGCGAAUCCACCCGCCGACUCCUCCUAGCAGUGCAAUACGGUCUUCCACUCCGUCGCAAGGAGGUCCGAUUCGAGGAUGACAGGCAGAAGGAGAAGGACAACCAGAACCACAACCAACACCAGCGCCAACGGAGCGAGUCGCCGGCUCGUCCCGUCAUCAGCUACGACCGUACAUACCCCAUUGCCCCUCGACGGCCGGCGUCGCAAUCGCAGACCCUCAGCACCGAGGUCAUCGAGCGGUCGCCGCAGCGCAACAUGAAGCACCGGGUCAUCGUCUACCCCUCUUCUUCCUCAUCAGUCCGUUCCUCGUCGUCGACCAGGGGCUCGCUGUAUGAGGAAGACCUUGUCGACCGUGUGGACCGCAGGAGACCAUCUCCUCGUCGCAACUGGCCAAUCGACUACCACCUUUGA